CGGGCAGCAGCAGCCGCACGGCGGUCUGGAUCUCUCUGGAGGUGAUGGUGGAGCGCUUGUUGUAGUGGGCGAGACGAGAAGCCUCACCGGCGAUGCGCUCGUGAGAUUCCGAUCACACAGUUUCAUCAUGCCUGAACCCGCUAAAGCUGCGCCCAAAAAAGGCUCCAAGAAAGCCGUGACGAAGACCGCCGGUAAAGGGGGAAAGAAGCGCAAGAGGACCAGGAAGGAGAGCUACGCCAUCUACGUGUACAAAGUGCUGAAGCAGGUCCAUCCUGACACCGGCAUCUCCUCCAAGGCCAUGGGCAUCAUGAACUCGUUCGUCAACGACAUCUUCGAGCGCAUCGCCGGUGAGGCUUCUCGUCUCGCCCACUACAACAAGCGCUCCACCAUCACCUCCAGAGAGAUCCAGACCGCCGUGCGGCUGCUGCUGCCCGGAGAGCUGGCCAAACACGCCGUGUCCGAGGGCACUAAGGCCGUCACUAAAUACACCAGCUCCAAGUAGAAUUUCGGCUUUAACCAACACUCAAAGGCUCUUUUAAGAGCCACACAUUUGUUUCAGUUAAAGAGCUACUGUGUUAGUAUUUGAACUUAAAUAAGACAUCUCCGUUUAUAUUUAAAUGUUACUUCACUAAUACUUCGGGUAUACAAUGUAAACAAGCUUUCGGUUUCACUGGUCAACCGUCUCUAUGGUGACUGAAAUAUUGUUACCUUAAGAAUAACAAGUCAUUCCCUCGGGCUCAUUCAAGAGGUCACUUCUGCUGAAAUAAAUAAUGCAACACGAUCAGCUUUACUAGAUAUGAAUUUCACUAUGUGAGAUAAAUUAAGUUUAUUAUAUAUGAAAGAGAAUUGUGCAUCGCUGGCAUUAGAAAGAUGCUUAUUGUACCAUUCUGCUUAAGAUCACUGAUUUUCCCUGUCGGAUUGAUAUGUGAUUUAAACUUGGUCUUAGACCAGACAAGAAGCCCUGCAUUGAGUUUUAUAGUUAGCGCUGUCUUUAAAAUGAUGAUUUAUUUUACUACAGUAAAAAAGGGAGUUAAUUGGUGGCUGAAAACACUGCCUGCAUAACCCCCAUUUAGAAUGUAAAGAGCCAAGAAGCUCUAUAAUAACAAAAACUCGUGCAAGAUAUGACCCAUCUCUGAUCAAUAGAGGCCAAUCUCCUUCUCUGAUCAUUUUAAAGGCACACCUCUCUGCCAGUUGUCUCUUAACCAUCUCUUAACCAAAUAUUUCAAUAUUUUGCCUUUUGUAAUUAUACUGGUAUUUUAUACUUAAUGUUGUUUAAAGUUAAACUUAUGAAAAAAAAAAAAA